GCUUGAUUCGCGUUUUGCUGAGGACCAGACGCGUCGUUCGUUUAACGCACUUCCUAACUUUCUUGGACAAUCACUUAACUUCGCGCACGGCUUGUUUUCAGCGUCCUAAUCUUGUUCAGCAAGAUCUGACGACACUCCUACCAAUCUCCAGCCUUUGUCGUAGUUCCGAGUUCUCCGCACUGCACAAGUUUAAUGGCCAACAUGUCCAAUGGAGGCCAAUCAGCACUUUCUGGGUUGCGCACAGUCAAACGCGACUGGUCGCAAAGCAGUUCUCAAUGUGAAGACCGUAUUUCAUGGCCGGCCACCCAGCCCAGCCAAUCUCAGCCUUCAAAGGCACCUAAGGCUGAAAUUCAAUCACAACGUAUGAAAGAUAUCCAACUUGCGCUUGAUGCGCUCACAGGGAAGCAACCGCCUGGAGAGCGGCCAGAAAUGAGCACGAAACAGAUAGCGAACGGGACCAAACGACCCCUCCCAGCUGCUCCAAAUUCGCCGCCAGCAAAGAAACGUCAGCUUCCGCCCAGCUGGAAUGAGGACAUCCUAUCCUCCUCAUCCAACUUCAUGUCUUCGAGCAAAUUUUCUUUGCCAUCAGUAAAGUCUAAGUCAUUGACGGUCGCUGCCUCGUCAUCAAAGCCUAGCUCCAAGCUUGCUGGAGUGUUCCUUAGUCAGGAACAGACACAGAUCCUUCGUCUUGUGGAAAGCGGAAAUAGCGUGUUUUACACUGGUAGUGCUGGUACUGGAAAAUCGGUCUUACUCCGAGAAAUCAUUCGCAUAUUGCAAAAGAAAUACGUCAAAUCUCCCGAUGCUAUUGCCAUUACUGCAUCAACGGGCAUUGCGGCGUGUAACAUCGGUGGUGUCACGAUUCAUUCAUUUGCAGGCAUUGGCAUCGGAGAAGGCUCAGCGGAAGAGCUCAUCAACAGAGUCCGUAAGAACAAGAAAGCUGCUUCGAGGUGGUUACGGACAAAGGUCCUCAUUAUCGAUGAAGGUACGGUGGUUUAGCAAGUGCAGAUUUCCACAUCACAUGUAUCAUGCUAUUAGUUUCAAUGUUGGACGGAGAUCUCUUCGACAAACUUGCACAAAUUGGCAGUUUGAUACGGAAGUCCCCAGGACCCUUUGGAGGAAUUCAGGUUGUGGUCACUGGCGAUUUCUUCCAACUACCCCCCGUCGGGAAGGGUGCUAGUCAGGUCAAAUUUGCUUUUGAAGCUCAGCUCUGGAACCAGACCAUCAAGCGUACAUUCAAUCUGAACAAAGUUUUCAGGCAAAAGGAUCAGCGUAAGGAAGAGGAGAUCAGUAAAACUGCUUGUAUGCUGAACA